AUGAAGUCACCAUUAAAUCUGUCCUCACAAUGGACAGGAUAUUUAGUUUUGUUAUCAACAUUUGGCAGCUUGAUUACACCAGCUAUAUCUGUCAAGCAUGAGAAUUUCAAAACAUGCGAUCAAUCUGGAUUCUGCAAACGAAAUCGAGCAUAUGCGGAUCAAGCAACAGCAGUGGGAGAUAAUUGGAGCUUACAAGCUCCUUAUCGACUGGCUUCAGAGACAUUAACAUGGAAGGAUGGUCAGCUACAAGGAACCAUCCUCAAGAAAUUGAGUGGAGGAGAGUCGGUCAGGUUACCGAUUACCAUUUCCUUCCUCGAAUCAGGAUCUGCGAGAGUUACAAUUGAUGAAGAAAAACGUCAAACGGGCGAGAUUGAAUUAAGACAUGGUAGUAAAGCUAGAAAGGAACGUUAUAAUGAGGCUGCAAAUUGGGCAAUCGUGGGGGGAUUGACUUUGAGUAAGGAUGCAGAGUAUAAGAAGUACCCUGGAGUUUCGCACAUUACAUUCGGUCCAGAUGGCAAGUUCAAGGCGGAAGUUACACAUGCUCCAUUUGCAAUCGAUUUCAAGAGGGAUGACGAGAUACAAAUUAAGUUUAAUGAACGGGGAUUGAUGAACGUGGAACAUUGGAGACCGAAGAUUGAGAAGCCAGAAAAGAAAGAAGGCGAAGAAGAAUCAGCCGAAGUUCAAACCGGCGAAGAUGAGUCGACCUGGUGGGACGAAUCUUUCGGUGGAAAUACCGACUCAAAACCUAAGGGUCCUGAGAGUGUUUCUCUUGAUAUUACCUUUCCUGGAUAUGAACAUGUCUUUGGUAUCCCAGAACAUGCUGGUCCUUUGUCAUUGAAGCAAACCCGAGGCGGAGAGGGCAAUCAUAAAGAUCCUUAUCGUUUAUACAACGCUGAUGUUUUCGAGUAUAUCAUGGAUAGUGAAAUGACUCUAUACGGAGCCAUUCCUUUCAUGCAAGCACAUCGUUCAGCGUCAACUGUUGGUGUCUUUUGGCUGAACGCAGCCGAGACUUGGAUUGAUAUUAUCAAGGAGAAAGCAUCCAUCAAUCCUUUAAGUGGAAAAACUGAUACAAAAACUCAUUGGUUCUCGGAGAGUGGUUUGAUAGAUGUAUUUGUCUUCCUUGGCCCAACACCAAAGGAUGUUACAAAAGCAUAUGGAGAGCUUACAGGCUUCACACAGCUUCCUCAAGAAUUUGCCAUUGCUUACCACCAAUGUCGAUGGAACUAUGUUACAGAUGAGGAUGUGAAGGAUGUUGACAGAAAGUUCGAUAAAUUCCAAAUCCCAUAUGAUGUCAUCUGGCUUGACAUCGAGUAUACUGAUGGAAAGAAGUAUUUCACUUGGGAUCCUCACACUUUCGGAAACCACGUCGACAUGUUGUCGCACUUGGAUAAAUCCGAUCGAAAGCUUGUUGCAAUCAUCGACCCUCACAUCAAGAAUGAAGCAAAUUAUAAGGUUGUUGAUGAAUUAAAGAGUAAGGAUUUGGCUGUUCACAAUAAGGAGGGCAGUAUCUAUGAAGGUUGGUGUUGGCCAGGAUCUUCUCAUUGGGUUGACGCAUUCAAUCCUGCAGCAAUCAAAUGGUGGAAAACUCUCUUCAAGACGGCUGCUUUUGAUACACCUAAUCUCUUCCUUUGGAACGACAUGAAUGAGCCUUCAGUUUUCAAUGGACCUGAAACAACAAUGCCCAAAGAUAAUUUGCAUUUCGGAAACUGGGAGCACCGUGAUGUUCAUAAUGUCAACGGUUUGACCUUCGUCAACGCAACUUAUGAAGCAAUGGUCGAGCGCAAGAAGGGUGAACUUCGCCGACCGUUCAUUCUCACUCGUUCUUUCUACGCCGGAAGUCAACGUAUGGGAGCUAUGUGGACUGGUGAUAACCAAGCUAGCUGGGAUCAUCUCGCAGCUGCGUUCCCUAUGAUUCUUAACAAUGGUAUUGCAGGUUUCCCAUUUGCUGGUGCAGAUGUUGGUGGAUUUUUCGGUAACCCUGAAAAGGAUCUUCUUACUCGUUGGUAUCAAGCUGGUGCUUUUUACCCCUUCUUCCGUGGACAUGCACAUAUCGAUACUAGAAGACGUGAACCAUAUCUUAUCGGUGAUCCAUACACGGAUAUUAUAACCCAAGCUCUCCGUCUCCGUUAUUCUCUUCUCCCUGCCUGGUACACCGCAUUCCAUGAAGCCAGUACAGACGGAACACCCAUCAUCAGACCACACUACUUCGAAUAUCCAGAAGACGAAUCUGGAUUCGCAAUUGAUGAUCAAUUUUUCGUCGGUAGUACCGGUUUACUGGCUAAGCCAGUCGUCACAGAAGGUGCCGAUAGCGUCGAUAUCUAUAUCCCUGACAGUGAAGUUUACUACGAUUACUUCGAUUAUACCAUCUAUACUGGCGCGGGGAAAACUACAAUCGCAGCUCCACUCGAGAAAAUCCCUCUACUUAUGCAAGGUGGUCAUAUCAUCCCUCGCAAAGAUCGUCCCCGCAGAAGUUCGGGCCUUAUGAGAUGGGAUCCAUAUACUCUUGUUCUCGUCCUCAAUAAUGAAGGAAAGGCAACCGGAGAAUUAUAUGUGGAUGAUGGUGAGACAUUUGAUUAUCAAUCUGGGGCAUACAUUCAUCGAUCUUUCUCUUUUGAAGAUGGGGUACUGAGCAGUAAGGAUAUCGGAACAAAGGGCAAGUUGACCGACAAAUACCUGAAGAGUAUGAAGAAAGUAGGUGUGGAGAAGAUUCUUGUUGUUGGUGCGCCAAAGGAGUGGAGUGGGUUGAAGAGUGUAAAGGUGGGCAGUACAACGGCUGAGAUCACGUACCAUGCUGGGGAAGGAAGCAAAGCUGCUUGGGCGUCGGUUAGAGCGCCAAAGGUAGCUAUUGGAGAGGAUUGGGAAGUUGAGUUUGUGGAGGGUGGGAAGACGGAAUUGUAG